GGGCCCCGCGGGUACCGAAGGGGUCCCGGGGGCACCGACGUGGUCCCGGGGGUCCGGUCUGCAGCGGGUCAGGUCUAGAGGGCGCGGGGAUCCCUGCUAGGGCCGAGCACAGGGCUGCCAGCCCCCUGCCCAGCCCGAGACUCUGCAGAGGGUCCCAGGAGGCCACCUGUGGCUAAACCAGAGCAGAGGGUCCCAGGGAACCAGCGUGCGGCAGGCAGCAUGGCACAGUGGCAAGAGGUGCAGGGCUUGGCCAACCCCUACCUGGAGCAGGUCCAUCAGCUCUAUGCCAGCGCGGCGCUGCCUAUGGCGGUGCGGCAGUGCUUGGCCGCCUGGAUCGAGGACCAGGACUGGCGCCAGGCGGCCGAGCCGCUCUCCUCCCAUGCCCGGGUGCUCUUCCACUCCUUGCUGGCGCUGCUGAGCGACCGCCUGGGCAGCCCCGGGCUGGGCGAUGAGGACUUCAUGCUGAAGCACAACCUGCGCAAAGCUCGCCGCGACCUGCAGGCCGAGUUCGAGGAGCGCCCGGAGCAAUUGGCCAAUUUAGUUGACAACCUCCUGCAGGACGAGCGGAGGAUCCUGCGCCUGGGGCAGGCGGUGGGGCAGGGAGGGGGCACCGUGGCACCCAGCACCCCCCCGGUGAGCGACCGGCAGCAGCAGAUCCAGCAGCGCCUGGCUGAGUUCCGCUCUGCCCUGCAGGAGGUCAAGCACACCUUCAGGCACCUCGAGGAGCAUCAAGAUUCCUUUGACUUCUUCUACAAGCUCCACUACCAGCCAGGUGAGGACAGGACCAAUGACCCCCACUAUGCCCAGCAAGUCCAAGCCCUCCAGGCCAAGCUGCAGAUGCUGGACCGGCAGCGGCGGGAGGUGCUGGCACAGCUGCAGCAGCUUUUGGGGCGCAGUGAGACCCUGAGGGACUUCCUGCAGCAGGAGCUGGAGGCUUGGCAGGAGAGGCAGCAGCGCUCCUGCCUGGGCGCCCCUGCGGACACCAGCCUGCGCCCGCUCGAGGCCUGGUUCACCGAGCUGGGCCAGGGCCUCUUCCAGCUGCUGCAGCUGCUGCAGGCGCUGGAGGACCUGCGGCAGAAGGUGACCUACAAGAGGGACCCCCUGAAGGCUGAGACCCCCCUGCUGGAGCAGCGCCUGCGGGAGCUGCUCAGCUACCUGCUGCGGAGCGCCUUCGUGGUGGAGCAGCAGCCCUGCAUGGCCAGCGCCGGCAGGCGGCCGCUGGUGCUGCGCACCGGCAGCAAGUUCUCGGCCCGCGCCCGGCUGCUCGUCCGGCUCCACGACCGCAGCCACCGCAUGGAGGCCAAGAUCCACAUCGACAGGGAUCCCCCAAAGAUAAAAGGGUUUCGCAAGUUCAACAUCCUGACCUCCAGCAGCAAAACUCUGCUGGCAGGGGACAACCCCCAGGAGGGGCUGGUCUGUGACUUCCAGUACCUUACCCUGAAGGAGCAGAAGGACAGCAGGACAGGCAAGGGCAGCAAAGGCACCAGCGAGGGUCCCCUGGUGGUGACAGAGGAGCUGCACCUCAUCACCUUCACCCUGGCCUACGCCUACCACGGGCUGGAGCUGGAGCUGGAGACCUCCACGCUGCCCUUUGUCAUCAUCUCCAACAACAACCAACUCUCCAGCGCCUGGGCCUCCAUCCUCUGGUUGAACAUGCUGAGCAGUGACCCUAGGAAGGAGCAGCAGUUCUUCUCCAAGCCCCCUGCAGCCCCCUGGCCCCUCCUGGCCGAGGUGCUGAGCUGGCAGUUCCAGAGCGUGGCCGAGCGGGGCCUGAGCCAGCAGCACCUCCUCAUGCUGGGCAAGAAGCUCUUUGGCUCCAAGCCAUCUCCAGAGAGCACCCUGGCCUGGCACAAGUUCUCCAAGGAAGGUUCCUCUGUCUUCUCCUUCUGGGCCUGGCUGGAUGCCAUCCUGGGGCUGCUGCAGGAGCACCUGAAGCAGCUGUGGAAGGCUGGCCUCAUCCUGGGCUUCGUGAGCCGCAAGCAGGAGCAGAGGCUGCUGCGCAGCUGCCGGGCAGGGACCUUCCUGAUCCGCUUCAGCGAGAGCGUCCUGGGCGGGGUCACCUGCACCUGGGUGGAGCACCCCGAGGGCGGCCCCCCGGUGUUCCAGGCGGUGGAUCCCUACACCGCAGCCGACCUGGCACACCUGGCACUGCCAGACAUCAUCCGAGACUACCAGAUGCUGGCAGAGGAGAACGUCCCUGAGAACCCUCUCAGGUUCCUGUACCCUGGCACUGCCCGGGACGAGGCCUUUGGGCCCUACUACAGCCGGCGACAGGAGGGGGACCUGCUGGAGCAGCAGAAGUACCUGAAGCAGAGGCUGAUCCAUGUGUCCUCCAGGUGA